UGUAGAUGUUAGUUGUCCCUGAGAACGGACUCGCAGGCAGACACAGUUCGAUCAGAGCAUUUGAUAUAUGUUUAAAAAGUCCAGAAAAACGUUUAAUAUGUUUUUCUAUCUGUUAUUUUAUAAGAAGAAUGUAACGACAUAUAAACAAUUUAAAGAACAUAUAGAUUGAACAAUUACCUGAAAGACCAGACCGGGGAAGAAUUACUCCUGCAUGCUCGACGGUGGCCGUUAAGGACAAAAGUAGCGAGAGAGUAAAUCACGUCCCGCAGAAGGAGACGGAUUUAACUUCUGAUUUCAAAUCUAGAGUUUGAACAUAAUGGACGUUGUGUUUAAUAUGAUGAUGAAUUCCUGUCCAGUGGAAUUCUGAUGUGCAGCAGUUAGCCUGUAGCAGCGGUUAGCUUGUAGCAGCGGUUAGCUUGUAGCAGCGGUUAGCUUCCCCUCGGCUGAAUGGAUGAACACGUUAGCUCCGGUUCAAAGUGACUCGAGUUACUUCGUCUUUAGUUGGUUUGAAGUUUCCUCUGGUGACAGUUCGCGGUUAGCUGCUGUUGCUGCUAGCUAGCUGUGAGCUAGCUUCGAGCUAACAGGCUGCCGUGUCUGCAGAUGAGAGAAGCUGCUGCUGCGCUGGAUCCUCGAGAUGUUGUUCGUUGUGAGCGAACAGGAGAUACUCACACACACAUUAGAUCUGCUGCGGCCUGGUCUCCUGUGCAUGUUGUUCAGGAGGAGAACUGGAGAACUGGGUCUGGACUCCACAGCUUCUCUCUCACAUGAACAGCAGCCUGAGGAUGAGGAUCUCAGGAUCUCAGGAGUUCAGGUCCGACAGCAGCUUCAGGGACUAAUGACGGGAGCUUGUUUUUCAGAGCGGGCCCAGGCGUUCUGGGCGGAGGAGGACGUGGAUCAGAUGUUUAAGGGCGUCUCGUCGUACCUGGACCACCUGAAGAGAGUCCUGAAGAAGAACACGGCCACAGACAGAGAGCUGGUUCAGGGCUUGAAGCUGCUGGAGUCUCUGGACCUGUGUCCCUCGGCUCGGGACUCGUCCGUCCUCCAGGUGGUCAUCGGUGCAGGCGAGGUGCAGCCAGCUGACCUCCCCCGCCACAGUCCCUCCCCCUCGACCUCCCCCGUACCUCCCACUAAUGGCCUGUCCAGCCCUGAAGCGCCCCCUGCUGUCAGAGAGGAGCUGCUGCCUCUGCUGGCCCCUGUCCAGCUGCAGUACCACCCCCACACCUGCAGCAAGACAUGCAUGCCCAGUUUACCCAGCAUGCCUCAGUCCAUGCCUCUGUUCUGGGCACAAAACCCUCUGAAGGUUCCGCUGCUCUGCGGCUUUAAGAGACUGUUUGGCGUGCCGCUGAUGUCAUCUGGAGGGGGGGCGGAGCCUGUGGAGUCCCAGGAGGCGGAGCAGCUGGAUGCAGGCGACCUGGGCGUGGCUUACCGAGCGCCUUGUGGACAGAGGCUUCGUAACCAUGAGGAUGUGAUGGACUUCCUGUUGGCUGCAGAGAUCUGCGACGUCCUGCAGGUCGACUUCUUCACCUUCAACCGCUCUGUUCACUUGGACCCCCCUGUGGCGCCGAGGUCUCAGCGUCCGGAGCUGGACCUGAGUCGUGGCGUGGAGCCCACGCCGGUGGAGCUGUGCCUUAGUGACGGUGGCGCCCGUCCUGCCGAGUUCCGCUACAGGAGGGACCGCUGGCCGCACGGCUGCUUCCUGAGCCGCGACGCCACGCUGUUCACCGCCUGCUGCGACUGCGUGGACGGCUGCACCGACGCACUGAGCUGCGCCUGCAUCGCUAUGAACAGAGGGGGGCGCUGUUACAGCCACCACAGCCUGAGUGAGCCUGAGCCGUCAGGGCUGUAUGAGUGCGGUCCGUGGUGCGGCUGUGAUCGGGCUCGAUGUCAGAACCGUCUGGUCCAGCGGGGGAUCAGAAUCCGGCUCCAGGUUUUCGAGACCGAGGGCCGUGGCUGGGGCGUGCGUUGCCGUGACGACGUGGACCGUGGCACGUUUGUGUGCGUGCACGCAGGUGUGAUCCUGCAGCGGGCCCCCCCCCCCCGGGAGCCUCUGCUGCCCAAGCUGGCCCGGUUCGACCUCCCGUCGGACGACGAGGUGGAGGUCGUCACUGAGUGGCUGGCCCCACCGGUCCUGGAGGGGCGGAGCAACCUGCUGGAGACGUCUCCGCCACCUAAGUCCCCGCCCACCUCCCCACCUCUGCAUGUCCCGGUGAUCCAGAGGCCGCCGGACGCCGCCGCGCUGCAGGUCCAGACGCUGGUUCUGGGAGAGCCGCCGCCCCCUUCAGGUGAGCAGAAGCUCGGCGUUGCCUUCAGGAAGAAGGGCUCAGAGGCGUCGGAGCAGAAGAGUCGGAAGAGGGCGGUGAAGGUGGAGGACGUCCACGUCCUGGACGCCAGCCGGGAGGGAAACGUGAGCCGCUUCAUCAACCACAGCUGCCGGCCGAACCUCUUCAUCCAGAACGUCUUCACCGACUGCCACGACCCCGCCUUCCCCGUCAUCGCCUUCUUCACCAGCAGGAGGCUGAAGGCCGGCACGGAGCUAACCUGGAACUACUGCGCUGGCGGACACGCGGCCGUGCUUCCUAAACAGGAAGUGACGUGUCUCUGCGGGAGCGAUGGUUGUCGAGGUCAGUUCGUCGUCGAGGAAAACCUGUGUGACGUCUGCGAGGUCGAAGGUCAGGAGGCCCGGUGACGAUCCAGGCUCAGACGCUGCAGCUGUCAACACAACACCAACACAUUUCUACUGUUCUGUAAAAACAUGUUUUUUCAUAAUAAAAUGACAAUUUACAAUUAA